AACAAAUGUUACGGAAUUAAUGUCUUACUCUGAUGUUAACUUUCCUAUAUCGGAUAUUUUAAAUAAUAAUUAUCCUCAUAUUCAUAUUACAAAAUUUGCUCCUCAAUUCGCAAUAUUAUCUCAUGAAAAUACUAAAAUAUUUUUAAGUCAUGGUGGAGCUUCUAGUAGUCAUGAAUCAAUGUAUACUGCUACUCCAAUGUUAAUACUUCCAAUAAUGGCUGAUCAAUUUGGAAAUGCUGAAAAAUUAGAGUUGGCUGGUAUGGCGUUAAAACUUUCAAAGUUUGAUUUAACCGUUGAUGAUAUAGUAUUAAAGAUUAAAAGAUUAUUGAGUGAACAAAGCUUUAAAAAGAAUGCGGAAAGAUUACAAUUUGUGGCUAAAGUGAAUAGUAAAAGAAAACAUAGAGCUGCCGAUUUAGUUGAAAUGGUAUUGAAUUCAGCGAAACAUGAAAGUGUUAAAGAUGAAAACGGAGCUUUAAGGGUUAAUAAUAAAGUACUCCUAAGAGAUUGGAUUACUCCUAAUACGAGAAUGGGUUUCAUCAGAGGAAAUUAUAUAGAUGUUUAUGGUACUUUAAUUAUUAUAUUAUUAGCAUUAGUCGGUGGAUUUAGUUAUGUUUCAUUUAAGGUUACUAAAUUCUUUUAUGCAAA